AUGGUGACCGAUAAUUUCAAUAUAGGAAUCAACUCGAUCGGAAACGGGCUUUGCCUGAACCGUUGGUAUCAUCUAAUCUACAUACUCUCUGAACCAGAAAAACGGUUAGAUUUUUACAUAGAUGGAAAAUGGGCCGGGUUCAAGAGCUUCAAACGUGUUCAGUCGGAACAUAUCAUGUUCAAUUAUGGGCCGUUAUACAUCGGAUACGAUAGUUGUCAUGCUGGGGGAUUUAUUGGUCUAAUCAGAAUUUGGCCAUUUUGCGUAGAUGAACAACAUAACUUCGAAGGAACACCAGUUUUGCGAGAUAGUUCUGCAGCAAUACGAUAA